GUAUUUGUUGUACAUAUGUAUCUCUGUGUCUACACAGCUGUAAUAGGCACAUCCACUGUGAGCACAGAUUCAUCCAAUAAUUCGACAGACAGCCCGAUCAGUGCUUCCUCUACUGCUACUGUUGCAGUAACAAGCAUUCCAUCUGAGAAUACAACUGCACCAUUCACAAACAAUGCCACCACCCCACCGCUGUCGACGCAUGCUGGUAAUAGCACAUCUCCACCUUUAUCUACUCAAGGCAAUGUGACAGGCUCGUCUACAGUUGCACCAGAAAAGGCUACCAGUUCAUCAGUGAGUACACCAGGAAAUGCCACAGUUUCAACUGCACCUGUAACAACAGCAGUGGCCAACUCCACAAGUCCAGUUGUACCUACACUGGAGAAUGCUACAGACCAUCCUGUAACUUCACCAGGCAAUGCCACAACUACUCCUUUACCUGAGCCAGGCAACAGCACAACCCCACCCCAAACUACAAAAGCUAAUGACACUACUCCUCCCAUUAGCACACCAAGCAACAGCACAGCUUCACCAAUUACAACAACAAGCUAUGUAACAGUUACAACACAGACUACAACAGGUAAUGUUACAACAGCAAACAUUGCAACUACUCCACGCUUAACCACAGAUAUUUCAAACAUAACUACACCAAAUGCUACUGCACCACCCCUAACUACAACAGUAAAUGCUCCUGCACCACAACUAACUACAACAGUAAAUGCUACUGCACCACAACUAACUACAACAGUAAAUGCUACUGCACCACAACUAACUACAACAGUAAAUGCUACUGCACCACAACUAACUGCAACAGUAAAUGCUACUGCACCACCCCUAACUACAACAGUAAAUGCUACUGCACCACAACUAACUACAACAGUAAAUGCUACUGCACCACAACUAACUACAACAGUAAAUGCUACUGCACCACAACUAACUACAACAGUAAAUGCUACUGCACCACAACUAACUGCAACAGUAAAUGCUACUGCACCACCCCUAACUACAACAGUAAAUGCUACUGCACCACAACUAACUACAACAGUAAAUGCUACUGCACCACAACUAACUACAACAGUAAAUGCUACUGCACCACAACUAACUACAACAGUAAAUGUUACUGCACCACCCCUAACUACACCAGUUAAUGCUACAGCAGCACCUCCAACAACACCAGUAAAUGCUUCUGCACCACAACUAACUACAACAGUAAAUGCUACUGCACCACCCCUAACUACAACAGUAAAUGCUACUGCAUCACAACUAACUGCAACAGUAAAUGCUACUGCACCACCCCUAACUACAACAGUAAAUGCUACUGCAUCACAACUAACUACAACAUUAAAUGCUACUGCACCACCCCUAACUACAACAGUAAAUGCUACUGCACCACCCCUAACUACAACAGUAAAUGCUACUGCACCACAACUAACUACAACAGUAAAUGCUACUGCACCACAACUAACUACAACAGUAAAUGCUACUGCACCACAACUAACUACAACAGUAACUGUUACUGCACCACCCCUAACUACAACAGUAAAUGCUACUGCACCACAACUAACUACAACAGUAAAUGCUACCACACCACAACUAACUACAACAGUAAAUGUUACUGCACCACCCCUAACUACACCGGUAAAUGCUACAGCAGCACCUCCAACAACACCAGUAAAUGCUUCUGCACCACAACUAACUACAACAGUAAAUGCUACCACACCACAACUAACUACAACAGUAAAUGUUACUGCACCACCCCUAACUACACCGGUAAAUGCUACAGCAGCACCUCCAACAACACCAGUAAAUGCUACUACACCACCUCUAACUACACCAGGGAGCAACGCAACAGUAAAUGCUACAACACCACCCAUAGCUACAACAGGAAAUACUACAACAGGGAAUGCUACCCAACCAACUCAGUCUACACCAGGAAAUGCUACUAGACCAUCCAUAACCAACUCAACGACUCGACCCACUGUUUCUACUACUAACCCAACUAACACUGCAACCACACCAGCUACCUGUCCUACAGUGACCUGCCCACCACUCAGUGUCUGUGUGAAAUCCAUCUGUCAGUGUGUGACAGGAACUAUUCCUUUAAAUAACGCCUGUGUGGAAACUAAAACCUUCCCUAGUGCACUGCGGGUGAACCGCACUUUUGUAGAGGCUAUGAACAAUCCACAAUCACCUGAAUUUCAGAAAAUUGCUAAAGAGAUCGUUGUUGUGGUAAAUGAAGCUCUGCGUAACCAGUCAAACUACAUUAGCAGCACAGUAACUACGUUGACGCCUGGCAGUGUAGUGGCCACAGUACACAGUUUUUUUGAGCCCAAUUCUCCAGUCACACAGGCAAUGGUUACAUCUGCCAUGAAUGAUGCUAUAAGUGGUUGUGAGACAACAAACUGUGGCAUUCUUGCUAAUGCCCAAUACAAAGCAACCAAUUUGUGUGACCAAAAUCCUCCUCCUUGUGAUACUAACACUACAUCGUGUACGGCCAACGAUGGGACACCUAUAUGUACCUGCAAAGCUGGCCAUGUAUCUAGCUCUUACCAGCCCAGAAGCUGCACAGUUUGCCCUAGUGGCUACAAAGCGGAGAACAACACCUGUGUUCGAUGUCCAUUUGGCUAUUCUGGAUUCAACUGUGAUGACUCCUCUUUGUUGGCUCUAGUGGUAGUGGCGUGUGUGUUAGGGGGAAUUCUGCUCAUUGUGAUUUUGGCUGUUCUCAUUUACAUCUGUGUGACUCGUUGCAAUAAGAAGUCAAGCAGCAAUUUUUUCAACAGCCCGUACCCUGCUGAGGAGUUCCAGGCCGCGUGGCCCACUCAGGGCAUCACCCGUAUUCCACGUGUCAAUCUGACAUCUAAUUCCAGCAUUGAUGCCACUGGCAACAGUCUAGAGAUGUCUGAAGAGCCAGGAAAGAAAGACUACAGUAAUGGAUUGAAGAUUGGAGGAAAGUCGGGCUCGUUUGACCUCACAACAGAUGGUAUGAGGACCUUUAAGGACAUAAACCCCACACGCUACUCUUACCUGGUGGGUCAUGAAAACCCCUAUUUUAUACAUGGAGAUGAGAAGAGAUGAAGAAAACAGCAGAGAAAGCCAGUGGACAAGAAAAGAGUGCAGUAGCACCGUGAAUUAUUAAAAAGGCCUUGGAUCAAAAUGUUUCAUGAAUGUUAACGCUGUCAAAACCAUACAGCUGAUCACAGACUCAAAGUGCAUACACAAACAGCAUUUGAGAGAUACGUUUAUAUAUAUAUAUA